AUGGCAGCGGAGACUUCUGCAAUUUCAUCUGGUCCGCGCUUUGCGCCUGAUGACCCAUCCCUUGAAAAGCCGUGGAAGGCUGUCGUUGAUGGGACUACUGGCCUUCUGUACUACUGGAACCCUGAAACUAAUGUUACCCAGUACGAACGUCCUGCCUCUGCGCCACCUCCUUUACCGCCUGGACCCUCCACCCCCCUACCUAUGCCGAAGCUGGCCCCCUUGCCCAUGGCUCGUGUCCAGCUGGCUAAUGGCACUCUGUCGCAAACUGGUCAGCAGAUGGUUCAACAAAGCGUCUACCAAGUGUCCCAGCAACAAGGACAGCUUGUUUCCACUUCACUGGCAAACCAGCAAUUAUCAUAUCAGCAAUCAGGUCAUCCGAUAAUGCAGCAACAGGGCCGGCAGCUCCUACAAGUACAGAGUAGUCAGGAGAUGCUUAUGCCACAUCAGCACCAGCAGAAAUAUCCAAACGUUCAACCUCAGCAGGUGUCUAAGCUGCCAAGUUCCUACCCUCAAACACAGCAUGUAUCAAGCUACAUGGGACAUCAACAAUUGUCAUCGCAGAUGGGGCACCAACAAGCCCAACAUCUAGUAGGAUUCAGUGGAGCGGAAGUUAGCCUUCAGCAAGCAAAGCCAGUUGGCUUUUCUUCGUUGCAGUUUCAACCAACGGGGGUUGUUUCCUCGAGUUCUACCAUCUCUUCUGCAGGUUCAAUGGUUCAGUUUCCGCAGAUGGGAAUCAAUCCUUCACUUUCACGUCAUCAGACUGGUGGGCUGUCAUCUGUUGAUGGACACCAAGAUCCAGCAUCCUCACUUCAAUCACAAUCAGGAUUUGACGGUCAAAGAAAACCUCAAAUGGGCUCUGGAUCAUUGAUUUCAGAACGUGCAGGUCCUGGGGGAGUCCAUAGUCAAUCUCCGAUAGGACUGUCUACGACUUUGAAGAUGAAUUACGAAAAAUCUCGGAAUAGAAGAAUGAGUAAUGAAUUCUAUGAUGCCAAUAUCAGGGAUGCAGUGAUGGUGCACUCACACCAACCGAAACUUGGUGCUGCUUUUCCCCCGGGACAUCAUCAGCAGGUUUGAAGUACAAAGUCUGUCAUAGGUUUUAGUCUGUAAACCAGAGAUUGUUUUUACGAAUUGAAAUUCAUACGUUUUGGACAUAUAUGCGCUAAUUUUCCCAGAAAAAUAAUUGAUAAAGGAUUGUUAAUUGAAAAUCUUUGUUGAAUUGUUUUCUUGAUGUAGUCCUAAAGAGGGAAGUAGAAUUAUUUUCCAAUCAUGUUCUUAAAAGCUCAGAGAUCAUUAUGCCUGAAUAAAAGACAUACAAACUCUUUGGAUUUUAAUAUCUGGAAGCAUAAAAAUAAAUUCUUAAACCUGUUACUUUAGGAGCAGCCUUCUCUUAGAAGGGACCAUCAGAAAUGAUAUCACUGAUCAUGUUACUGACUAGAUCCUCGAUGAUGAAACGGGUGGAUCCUGCAUUUCUAGGAAUGUCUAAGGUGGUGUGGUGUCUAACAUUUAAAAUGAUUCAUUUUGUAUUUAGACAAUGCCACUAUAAGAGUUUUUUGUAUGAUUUUUACAGAAGUUAUUUGUUAUGCUUUCUGAUGCAUUUUAAAAUGUUUAUUACACACGAGAUUACUUUAUUCCAUGGUCGUUUCUGGAUUUUAUUUUUUAUGACAUCAGUAAUAUUGUGAAUCAGGAUUUGAGAACGGGUGCUCUGCCACCGCACAGGGGUGGAAUUGACCAUGAUCAUGCUGGUGAACUAAACAUGGCACCCGGCUUUGGAGCUUUAAACAUGUACAGUCAUGCUUUUCCUGAUCCAACAGCACCUGUUGGUGAUCCUAUAAGAACAUCUCUCAGAGUUCCCAAUUCAGAGUUGUCAAAUCUCUCGGCGGCUGAUUUAUACCGAAGACAGCACGAGGUUACAGCCAUGGUAAGACUGCUAUAUCAUUCGAAGGACAUUCAUAUCAUCGAUGAUUUUCCUCCUUUAUGUACCCCUCUUCUUCCUCCAACUCUUUAAGUAAAAUAUGAACAAAUUUUCUAGGCUAUAAAUUUGUGAAUCAGCAUGUUCCCUUUUAGUUGGGGUGCUGUUCUUUUGCAUGAUACAGUAAAUCCUCGUAAAGCAAUUACUGCAACUGGGAAAUAUGCAACUUCUGUGGGAGCUAUAAAUCUUGAUUUUAAAUUAGGAACGUCUUUAAUGGCUCAUCGUAAUGAAAAAAAUAUUGAACUUUGCCCAAUGCAACAUUUAAUUAUAUUCUCUGCUGGAUAACACUAUAAGCUAUUGAUUCUUUUGACUGCCAUGAUCUUUGACGAGCUUGCAAACUAUCAUGGUGCUUGAAAGAUAAAUAUUGCUUAUCUUAUGAGCUGUCUAGGGAGAAGGUUUUCUUAGAGAAAGUAAUUUGGGUUCAUCAUGAGGCCAUUAAAAAACGAACCUUUCUGGAAAUGAUAACUUAAAAUCAUGAGUUGCAUGGGAUAUCAUUCCUGACAGGACCAUUCCCCCGGAAAAAUAUGUAAUAUUGGCCGAUUUUAUGAAAUUUGUGCGUUUAGACUCAAAUUAUCUCCAAUAAAUAUUAUAUUUGGAAAAAAUUCUGAUUUUUCAUCCUGAGCUUCGGGAAGUAUUAUUUUUAUUUAAUUUUCACCCUAGCCAAAAUAUAUUCUUUGUUGGAUAAUGGGGUUGCAUUUAUACUAAUUUGGUUUUUCGUUAUAAUAUUAUAAGUUAUGAUAUGACAUCAACUGUGGGAGAAUGUGCAAAUAAAUAGGGAACUGGGGCCAUCAUAUCAUCAACAUUGACGACCUAAACUUUAAAUUGCUUAUCAAGUGGCUAUAUUAACAAUGUAAGAGGUGAAAGAGCACCCGUCAAACUUAGUUGCAGAAGAAUAGAAGUUGUCUAGCUAGAUUAAACAUUGAACUUCCACUUCAAAUAUGGAAAAAUUCCAUGUGGCUGGAUUUUUUCAAGGAAGAGAGAUAGUGAUGACAUGCGCUGGCUUUGGAAAGGUCAGAGAACUACGUUUUCAAGGACAUAUUGUUUGAAGAUCAUCCCAAAAGGAGCAGUUUCCAGCACCAGCACUACAAUCGCGAAGAGAUUUAGGUCUAGAGCAAGGGAGGAGAUUGCUAACAAAUGUUGAGAGGCAAUGUGAUGAAAGAGGAAAUUCCGCAGAUCGAAGUUAUGCUCACUGAAAUGUAUGUAGAAGAUUUCGGUGGCAGACAAUCUGCUUCUGAUCAACUUUCUCUUAACGCAGUAGAAGUACUCAAUGGGAGUAAUAGGAUAUUUGAAGGGUUUUCUGUUAACAGUGUGCUACAGUUUUUAUGAUGAGGAAGAAGAGUAUUUACUGAUGUUUACAAUAGCAUUUUUUUUAGCUGUUUUCAUUGUGCAAUCUUUUUUGUGUAGGAAUCAAUCAUUGAAGUUUAGAUCAAGUAAAUGUCAUUGUACAUUCCAGUAUCAAAAUAUGAUUGAAACAAAUAAGUGUCACCUCUGUUCACGUUAAAUGCUUCGAUUUUCUUUGAUAAUUUUUUAGGUGAUGCUAAUUAGUCUGUAUGUUGAAAACGAUUCCUAUCUUCUCAACCUAUAAUCCUCGUGGGGUCGUGUCAUAUUCUGUAUGGUUAUUGCUCUUCUUUUUGUCUGUUUCUGUUUAUUCUAGAUAUAUAAUGCAUUUCUUCUGGUUCUGUGUAAAUAUUCACGUAUAGCUUUCAUUCAAAACUCCUAUUGUUGAUUUAUUUGCUUUUACCUGACAAGGCUUAUUCUUUCAUCACUUUAUACUACUGUCUUUUGUUGUUAAUUUAUCCUUACCUAUUCCUUUUUUAUGGCUGUACAAAUCGUUUAGGGGGACAAUGUGCCGGCUCCAUUUAUGUCCUUUGAGAUGACUGGUUUUCCUCCCGAGAUUCUCAGAGAGGUAAAUUCAUAUCAAUUUGAUACUUUGAUUUUGAUGUCUGUUAAUAAAGCUUACACCUGAAAAUUUUAAGAAGGCUAUGCACGUCUAGUUUGGGAAUUUUUAUUUAAAAUGUGUAAACUCAUGACUAUUGUCAUGUGUCACAGAUGUGAUAUCUGCUCCAGAGGAGCAUAUGUUGUACUCUGUUCUGCCAUAUACACUCAGUACUCAGCAACUGCUUUGUCCUUGGGGGCUGCAAGCACAUUGUUGGGGCCUUGUGGACUUUUUGCGAUGGUCCUGAUCACCCAAUGUGGCUGGGGUUUCCUGCUUCUUGUCCUGCCACUUGGUUUGAAAAUGUCACCAAUUACUGCUUCAUGUUGCUUGAGUAAAUACUUGUCUAUUCGUGGGGUUUCCUUCUUGAUUACCAAUGUGGUAGCAUGAUUCUUGUCAAUAGUCUCUUAUAGAUAUUUCCCUCCAAAAUAUCUUGUUCUGAAUUAUUUUGUUUUUGUCGCAGAUGCAUUUUGCUGGAUUCUCAUCUCCUACACCAAUACAAGCACAAACGUGGCCAGUGGCACUUCAAGGAAGAGAUAUAGUGGCUAUAGCUAAAACUGGCUCCGGGAAGACCCUUGGAUAUCUCAUUCCUGCUUUCAUUCAUCUGCAGCGAUGCCAAAAUAACCCACAAAUUGGCCCAACUGUUGUCGUAUUGGCACCCACACGGGAACUUGCAACACAAAUACAGAAUGAAGCAGUAAAGUUUGGUCGCUCUUCAAGAGUUGCUUGCACAGUACGUUAUGCAUCAUCAUACAUGGAGAACUAUUGUUCAUGCCAAUGUUCUUCUUAUGCGUUACAAAAUAAUUUGUGGAACUUUUCGUCGUGGAGGGCUUUCUCUAUCUCACUCUGUUUUUUAGUCUCUUUUCUCAAGUUUUUGAUUUAGGCUAUAACUGUCAAAAUUCGAAUUAAAUGGGUAUCCUACUUAACAGAAGCUUCAGAAUGUCUUUUAGUUUUGGGUAUGCAUUGUUGCCAGAGUCAAGUGGGAAAUAGGUCAGGUUCAUAUGGGACCAUAUGAUGGAUGAGUGGUGGGGUGGGAGCUAGUCUCGAAGGAAACUGGAGGCCGUCUUUGCCCUGGUCAAGUUUUGAUGUAUGAAGGGUAUUCACUGGAAAAUUUGUAUUCGCAUAAAUAUUCUAAUUUGUUGGUCCGCAUAAUUUCUGUGACUUUGUCUUUUAGAAAUACUAAUUCUACUCGUGGUAUUACACUAAAUUGUUGGUGGUUUGUCCAGUGUCUAUUUGGUGGAGCUCCGAAGGGUCCUCAACUAAGGGAGAUAGAGAGAGGAGCAGAUAUUAUUGUUGCUACACCUGGUCGAUUAAAUGAUAUUCUUGACAUGGGGAAAAUCAACUUUUGUCAAGUCUCAUUUCUUGUGCUUGAUGAAGCAGACCGUAUGCUUGAUAUGGGUUUUGAGCCUCAAAUCCGGAGAAUUGUGAAUGAGAUACCUCCACGGAGGCAAACACUUAUGUACACAGCUACAUGGCCAAAGGAAGUGAGAAAUAUUGCUGGAGAUUUGCUUGUUAAUCCUGUUCAGGUCAACAUUGGUAAUGUUGAUGAGCUUGCUGCAAACAAAUCCAUUACACAGGUAUACCUUCUGGUGAUUACAUUUCCCUCUGAUGAAACUGUAGAUUGAAGAGUUAUGUUCUUUUUCUUUAUGUUUAAGAGUAAACGAGAGACGUAAUUGAAAUCUGAGAUGUCAAUAUAAUGAUUUUACAUGAUGCUAGUGAAUGUGGUUUUCAUUUCAUUCUUUUCCAUUAUUUUUAUUGCAUAUUUAGAAGUUCAUUCAUCUUCAAUGACUCUUAGAUCUCUUGGUGGAGGGUCAUAUGAAAGUAGCCUUAGAAUGGCUAACCAUCGUUUUUUUUUAAAGACUUGUAAAUCAUCAUCACAUUAUCUUCUCAGUGGAUUGGGGGGGGGGUGUCUUCACUUGAACAUUUUGACUUUCUACUCGUGUCAUGUGUCCAUUGCGUUACAAAAGGAAAAAUAGCUCUGUGAUGUGUGUGCUUCAUUUGUAUCGUCUCCACUGUUUCUUUUGCAUGAAGUAUAUCUCCAACUCAUCAAACUGUGCCGUUCUCAAUUCUUUUGUAUCCUGGGACAUCUUGUUGCUCUCAUUCAAUGCAGAUAAGGGAAAAAUAAUCGUAUAUGAUACCUCAGUGAAGUUCAUUGUGCAUCAUAAACAUUUUCCAAUGUCACUCGAAGUAGUUUCUUUCCAUGAGCGCAUUGGCCCUUCGUUUCUCAGAAAUCGCACCUCUUUACAUCGUGUGCUAUUUUUCGAAAAAUAUUUGUCUCAGAAUUUACACGUUUUACUAGGAUAUGGCGGAGACUCUCUGAUAUCUUAUCCACUUAAAGUUUGUCAUGAGGGUGCGUUGCACACGAAGAUCUCAAUUCGUUUAUAUAUUUUAUAUAUAUUUACAUACGUGUAAAUAGAGAAUUUCUGCUAGACUGCAUUCCGAACAGAUGAUCUCAUUAUGAAGCCUUGAUGGAGAAGAUCCGCUUUAUCAAAAGACUUUAUAGUUCAAUAACUAGAAACAGUAUAGAUGCGACCUGGACUGAACUACACAGACAUGGAUAUUUUCGCCUUCAACGCUGGGAUGAUCAUGGUAUUAGGGAGAGGACUGUGCUGUGUCAUGAUUCGAAAACUGAGUAAUAGUUCUAAUUGUCUGCCUCCCUUAUUGCUUCUCUAUUUAUCUUGGACAUCUUUAUGAGAAUCUUGAUUGAAAUGGUUGCUUAGGCCUUGGGAUAGUGCUAGAAUGAACAUGAUAUCGUGUUUAGUCUCUAAGAGACUCCUUAGUUACAGUGAAUGUUCUCUUCUGCUCUCAGAUUUUUUCUUUGAAUGAAAUCUCUGAAAUUAAUUGUCCAUAAAUACAUUCGAAGUUUGACAAUCCUUGGCAUGCUGUUUAUUUUCUUUCCAGCAUGUUGAAGUUGUCUCACCCAUGGAGAAGCAGAGACGCUUAGAGCAAAUUCUUAGAUCCCAAGAACGAGGAUCUAAAAUCAUCAUCUUCUGCUCAACAAAGAAGCAGUGCGAUCUGCUUGUUCGCAGCAUCGGGCGCCAUUUUGGUGCGGCCUCGCUGCACGGCGACAAGUCACAGGGGGAACGCGACUGGGUUUUGAAUCAAUUCCGGAGUGGCAAAUCACCUGUCUUAGUUGCUACUGACGUUGCUGCAAGGGGCCUUGACAUCAAAGACAUCAGGUGGGUUCUUGCUUCAUCAUUUUUCUUCAACGAGCUCCUGAUGCUUUCAAUUCAUUCACUUAGAUCCCUUUUCAGAUUUUCCUUCCUCCCUAGUUUCCCUACUGGAAGUCAGGUUGUUGCUGUAUGAUGGGUUUCUCCUGGGGGUAGCCUUCCUCGUUUCUUUGGAGCAUGUUUUCCAUCCUUCUUCAGCCUGCUGAUAAAGCAUGGUUUGUUUCAGGGUGGUCAUCAAUUAUGAUUUUCCCAUGGGAGUUGAAGACUACGUGCAUCGGAUCGGACGAACAGGGCGAGCGGGGGCCACUGGGAUCUCGUACACUUUCUUCUGCGAUCAGGACUGGAAAUAUGCGGCUGAUUUGGUCAAAGUCUUGGAAGGUGCGAACCAACAGGUGCCGCCUGAGAUACGGGAAAUGGCGAUUCGUGGUGUCUCGGCCUUCUCUAAGGGACGUGGCGGACCUAGUCGCUGGGAGCCUGGCGGUGGACGGUGGGCCUCUGGACGUGGCCGGGACAUGGCAGACAGUGGCGGCGGGGGCUACAGUGGGCGUGGGGGCAGAGCUGACUUCUUCAGUGGUCGCGGGGGCCGGGGGCAGGGGUAUGGUCGGGGCCGGUUUGACCGCUUUGGCAAUAUGGAGAGACGAGGCCGCAUCGACAACAGGAAUGGAGUUGGGGAAACGAAUAGAGACCGGAGUUAUAGUCGGAGCCCUGGAAGAGGUUGGAACCGGGGACCCGGCUGGAGCAGGAACAGAAGCCAAAGCCGGAGCAGGAGCCCAAGCAGAAGCAGGAGCUGGUCUAGAAGCCGAAGUGACAGCCGGAGCAGGAGCCCGAGCAGGAGCAGGAGCAGGAGCCGCAGCCGCAGCCGCAGUUAUGAUGGGUUGCCGGUGGCACGGAGUCACAACCAGGCUACUACCGGAGGAGGUGCCCCGCGGCGUCCAUCUGGGUUCGAUGUGCUCCCCCAGGUAGGCCUUGAUGCGGCUAUGCAGCCUGGACCUGGGCUGCCGCUGCGGCAAACUGGGUUUGAUGUUGCUCCCCCACAUUCUAAUCAAGAGGCUGCCUGCACCGCUUCCUCUUGCCAUGAGGAGGCUUCUCUGGAACAAGGACAGGAGUCACCUGCCAAUCCUGAGCUGGUAACCCAAGAAAUGUCCCCCAUGUCUCCUGGGGCCAGUGCUGCUUCAUUCCCCGCUGAUGAGUCAGAUAAAGUGCCACCUGCUCCUGUGACAUCGAGACCUGAUUACUUGGAAACCCGGCCGGAAACAUAG